AUGGAAAGGUCAUAUUUGUCCGCACAAGAAGACCAGUCCAUACCAGAGCGAUUGGUGCCUAGGUCGAACUCGACUUCGAAUUUAUUUGCAUUGUCUGAUACAUUCUCCAAGCUAAAUGUUAGGAACGAUGGUGAUUACAACUCUUUGGGUCCGAACAAGAAGAGACACGUUUACGGUGACAGAAUGGAAAGAAUGGGCUAUGGCUCUAUGGUGGGAACAAAUGGUUUUCCAGUGAGGUCCUCUUCAAUGACAGCCGCCCAGCAUGAAAGGAAAACUACAUUAUUUACCGUUAAAAGAAACUCGUAUCAGGAGGGGCUAAAUAAAGGACACAAUUAUGAGAGUCAGUACCAAAGCGCACAGAAUACUUUAAGGGUCUACGGGAAAUUAACGCCUUAUCAACUUCAACGUUCCAAAAUGAGGACCAGUUUUCGAUUUCCCAACGGUGAGAUAUACAAACCAAGGCUUGAUGGAAAAGGCUCCCCCACUUCGAAAAAAGGGGGCUUGAAUUCAAAGAGCUCUUUCUUAUUUAAGUUCCGUGAGAGGGAAGAUAGCACUUUACCAGAAGAUUCUGCAACAUCUUAUAAUGCAGCCCAAAUUCCAUCACUUUCUAAUAUGGACAAAAAUCAGGAUACGAAUAGCCUGAAGUCGGGCAGUUCCGUUUCCUCGACGGCAAAAAGUUCGAUUGCAUCAUCUUCUCCAAUAUCUUCUCCAAUAUCUACUGUUAAUACCCCGACCAGUUUUACAGAAAGCCAUACAGAUGACGAUGAUGAUGGCUAUGAAAAUAAAACCGUCACCAUUUCUUAUUGCUUUCAGAAUACCGUCAAUGAAAACCAAAGUGAUCAUACGGAGAAGUUGAAUCUGCUGAGUGGGAACAAAGUCAAGCCGCAUACAAAGCCAAAAGUUUUUGAUGGAAAAAGAAAGAUUACUUCAGGAAAUGACAGAAAGGGAGGCAAAAAGCCGUCAUUAAGAUCAAAUUUGGGCUUUGUUUUGAAAAGGCUCUGGUCUAGUUCUGGAAACUCUGAUAGAAAGCAUAGUAAAAAGUAUAUGAAAAAAGAACAAACAACUCCUGUGGAUGAGAUAUCAAACGAUUUUGAUGAAAUUUCUGAUCUUGAGAAGGAUGUUGACUUGAAAGAUGCAAAUUUGAAUGGCAUUGAAAUUGAUGACGAUGAAACUCUGAUGGAUGCAAAUUCGAUAUUUGAUGAUUUGUUGUCCAGGGAAGAUAAUAAACACGACUGCAGGCGAAAACAAUUAGAAAUACGACAAAAACUUCACGAGACAAUACCUAAUGAUGAUGGAGAAACAUCUUGCCGAAAUAUAGAAGAGGCCAGCGUUAAUGAUGUUCUGAUCGACGAGACUUUAAUCGAAGACUUCUCAAAACUCGGCGAGUACAUAAUUGACACAAGAAAUCGUCCUCCCCCGAGGUCUUUAAAAAGACCCUCUUUAGAUAAUAAUGAAUGUGCGCGUAGUUUCUACGGCAUACCAACUGAUUUAAGACAGUCUUUGUCCGGUCCAAUAAGUUUGCCAAUGCAUGUUGGGAGCGACAUAGUGGAUAGACUAAGAAAUGACUGGGAAUAUAUAAGGUUUGAAAACUAUGGGAGCUCGUCCACAAAUUCUUCGUUAAGUAAAGUUGGAGCUGCUUUAAAACCAACGAAUAAGGGUGUCCGGUUCGCUCAGGAAGUAUGUCUGGCAAGCACCUGGUCAUCAAAUGCAUACGAGAGGGCCAAUCCAGAAUUUAUUAUGAACCGCCACAGGUUAUUGUGGAUGAUGAAAGUAAACCCGAGCAUGAAUAGCGCCAUGAAUGAGGUUAAACUUGAACUCAACUCUUUCAAAGAAAACGAGAUGGUCGUCCAUGAACACAGUAAGUGUUUCACACAUUAUCUGCUUUAA